UUUAAACCAAGAUUCUAUAAAUAGUUCAGCAGGUUUGGUGUCUAAAUUUAUAAAAUAGUAUCUUUUUAAAACUUGCUUUUUUGCAUUUCUUUCCUAGGUCUAACUGCAGAGUAGAUUCUCUUCAUGUGGACCUGCAAGUUAGCCCCAGGACACAACCAGUCUUGAGGACUCUUUGGCAUUGGUAGCACUUUGACUGUUUAAGAAACAUGAUUCAAGUGCAGUAAUCAUCUGGAAAUUUGAGAACAAUCAAUAUCAAGAAAGUUUGAUCAAAAUCUUAAAGAAAAAUUCUGCACAAGGAAAGGAGUGAAUCUUUUAUGGGCAUUCUCACAGAUCUGCCUUCAGUGACUUUUAGACUGAAAUUGGACUGCAGGUUGGUUUUAUAUAUACUGGAACACCAAGCAAGAUAAGUUAACUCAAGCCUCGUGUAAACAAUGCAUUUGAGUAUGAAUCCCAGGUAGCCUUGGAAGUGAAAGUAGUUCUGUUAUCUCUGGCUGGAAGCUAAACGUGAUGACGGCCUGGUCUAUGGUGGAGAAGUUAAAAAUGGAGAAGAGGCGCUCCAGAGAAGACAGGACUGCAGAACAGGAUACCGGUGACUGCAGUGCUGAGUCUGAGGAAUGGACAAGCUCAGAAAGCGAGCCUGAGCAACCAUGCUUCAGCAGCAGCAGCAACACUCAGUGGAGAGAGAAGGAGACUUCCACUAAACCACACAGGCAGCUCUGCCGCUCCCCGUGUCUCGAUCGCCCAAGUUUCUCACAGAGCAGUAUCCUACAAGACUUGAAGCUGGAAGAAACCAAAACAAACCUGGAUAAGGAAUACCAGGCUAAAAUGGAUUUUGCUUUAAAGCUCGGGUAUGCUGGAGAUCAGAUUCAGGCUGUGUUGAAUAAGUUGGGAGCAGAUGCUCUCAUCAAUGACAUUUUGGCAGAGCUUGUGAGACUUGGCAACAAGAGUGAGUCAGAGGGUCAAGGCAGUGCUAGCAGUAGCACUGGUACUCUAGUGCCAAGGGGUCCUUGUCCGAAGGAGAUUGCAAGUCCUGAACUGUCGCUUGAAGAUGAAGUGGUCGAUAACAGUGACAACUUAAGACCAAUUGUCAUUGACGGAAGUAAUGUGGCUAUGAGCCAUGGGAACAAAGAAGGAUUUUCCUGUCGAGGGAUUCAGCUAGCUGUUGACUGGUUCCUGGAGAAAGGACACAAAGAUAUCACUGUAUUUGUACCCGCGUGGAGAAAAGAGCAAUCUCGACCUGAUGCACCAAUUACAGAUCAAGAAAUUUUACGUAAAUUGGAGAAAGAAAAAAUUCUUGUCUUUACCCCAUCUCGGAGAGUUCAGGGAAGAAGGGUGGUCUGCUAUGAUGAUCGGUUCAUUGUGAAACUAGCUUAUGACUCGGAUGGUAUCAUUGUGUCCAAUGACAAUUAUCGGGACCUUCAGAAUGAGAAGCCAGAGUGGAAAAAAUUCAUAGAGGAACGGCUGCUAAUGUAUUCCUUUGUGAAUGACAAAUUUAUGCCUCCAGAUGAUCCUUUGGGACGUCAUGGUCCAAGCCUUGAAAAUUUCUUAAGAAAAAGGCCUGUUAUUCCUGAACAUAAGAAACAACCAUGUCCAUAUGGCAAAAAAUGCACCUAUGGACACAAAUGUAAAUACUACCAUCCAGAACGGGCAAAUCAGCCCCAAAGGUCAGUGGCAGAUGAGCUUCGAAUAAGUGCCAAACUGUCUGCUGUGAAAACCAUGAGUGAGGGAGCUUUGGCCAAAUGUGGCAUGGGGUCAUCCACAUCCAAAGGAGAAAUCAGUUCUGAAGUGAAACGCAUUGCACCAAAACGCCAGUCGGAUCCGAGCAUUAGAUCGGUGGCUGUGGAACCCGAGGAAAAGCUCUCAGUAGCUCGAAAGUCAGAAGCCAGCUCCGUUCCUUCUCUUGUUUCUGCAUUAAGUGUACCAACAAUUCCUCCGUCAAAAAGCCAUGCUGCUGGUGCGCUUAAUACUCGUUCUGCAAGCAGCCCUGUGCCAGGUUCAUCACAAUUCACUCAUCAAAAGUCUUCACUAGAGCAUAUGUCCAGUGUACAGUAUCCUCCUAUACUGGUCACCAAUAGCCAUGGUGCUUCUGUUAAUUAUACAGACCAGUAUCCCAAAUAUGAGUCUUUGGGAGACCAUGGCUAUUAUUCCAUGCUCAGUGAUUUCUCCAACUUGAGCAUAAGCAGUAUGCAUAACACAGACUACUAUGGGGUAGAUGCAGACCAAGGGAUGUAUGCUAGAAACUCAAGCCCCUGUCCUGACAGUCGUUUAAGCCAUACAAGUAAUGAUUCUUAUUCCUCUUACAAUGACUUGUAUCUGGGAGUAGCAGAUACCAGUCCAGAAGACAACAUGAAGGUCCAUAGGCUUUCAUCACAAAAUCGUCUUCAGCCUUUUACCCAUGGUUACCACGAAGCCUUAACUAGAGUUCAGAGUUAUGGAACCGAAGAACCCAAACUACCACCUCGCAAACAGUCUGUUUCCCACUUGGGACUACACGUCCAGCAUCCAGUUGUUGGAGCACGGUCCAGUUGUCCAGGAGACUACCCUGUGCCUCAGAAUAUGCAUCCAUCAGCCACUGCACAGCCAAGCCGUGCCUUGGUUAUGACAAGAAUGGACAGUAUUUCUGACUCGCGGCUUUAUGAAAGUAACCCUGCGCGCCAGAGGCGACCACCCCUCUGUCGAGAGCAGCAUGCUAGUUGGGAUCCAUUACCAUGUGCAACAGAUGCUUAUUCUUACCAGUCUUAUUCACUGAGUAAUAACCUUAUGCAACCAUGUUAUGAACCAGUAAUGGUAAGAAGCAUGCCUGAAAAGAUGGAGCAACUAUGGAGGCAUCCUUGGGUUGGGGUGUGUGGUGAGCCACGGGAACAGCAUAUCAUCCCAGAACAUCAGUAUCAGACGUACAAGAAUCUCUGCAAUAUUUUCCCUGCAAACAUAGUUCUCUCAGUAAUGGAGAAAAAUCCUCACAUGACAGACGCACAGCAGCUGGCAGCCAUGAUUGUUGCCAAACUCAGAGCUGGGCGUUAAAGCAUUAAAAACCCUUGUGGGACCUAAGAAGAUAAUGUUGAACCUGCCAGGGACACGAUCUGGAGGAAAAUGUGAAUCGAGGCACUGGGUAAAUAAAUUGUAAAUAUUUUCUAAUUCUGUGAUAUACAAUUCUGUACAUUGUUGUACCAAUCAUUCAGUAUAUUCUAAGGCACCUAUAGAAGAGCAGAUUGUAUUGUAAAUAUAAUGAAUAUUUUAGGAUUUUAAAUAUAGGGAUUUUUAAAAGUAUUUUACAGGAAGUGCAUACCUUAUUGCAUGGAUAUACUACUUAACUAAGAACUACAAUGUCACAUUUUUAGUGUCUCAAAGCUGUUCAUACAAAAUUAUUGUUAGCAAUUAUAUUGCAUGUAUGGAUGUAUAGUUUCAGUUUGAUAAUUAUAUAAUUGACCUUUCAAAAUAAGCUCUAUACAUUCCUGGAUCAUCUCUUAAGAUUUUGGCUGACCUUUGACACUGCAGUUCUUAGUGUCAAAUAAUUUUGAAAAGUGCUUGCCAACAAUUUAAAUAAUCCACAAUUUGUAAAAAAAAACCAAAACAACCCCCCCUCCCCAAAACUAAUUUAUCCCCUUACACAUCAACACAGUUGAUAUUUCUUAGCUUUUAGAUCUGUCUGAUUAGGACUCAGUUCUACAAAGCUCUAAGCUCCAGCACCCCAAAGCAGGACUGAGCCCUAUUUAGUAAAUUAAAAACACAUUAAAGUGUAGCUUCCCUCUUCACAAUUACAGAUGAAUUGUAUUUUAAAUGACCAGCAUCCUGGAUGGCUAUAAAUAAAAGUGAAAUGUAUAUGGACUGCCAUUCUCCUUAUGAACUAUGCAUUACUUAACCUCAAGUGCAGGGGAAGGUAAUGGAUGGCAAUGUGGGAAUGUGCUAUUUAGCGGAAACCACAACACAUUUUGUGGUCAGGGCUGGUACUGGGAAGGUUAAAAUAACACUCCAAAAAGACGGAUACAUUUUUCAAAGGGGAGAGGCAAAUUCUGAAUAGGGAUGCUACAGUUUUGUAACCUGGCCUAAUUUUGCACUUCAGAUCCACGCAAAGGUGUGCAUUUGCCUCUUGAAGGCUUUUAGAGCUCUUAUUUUGACAGGCAAGAAGAAAAAGUUUGUGUGGCAUUGUUUGCGCAACUAGUAUUUUGCUCAGGGGUGGGAACCUUUGUAGCUAAAUGUCUCCAGAAGAGGCGUUUAUUGGUUUUUUUAAGCUGCACUGACUGGACGCCCUUUUUGAAUCCAAUGUAUAUUUCAGCAUUUUGAACCAUUUCUAACUCGAUAUGUCUCGAGCUAGGACUUGUUGACUUCUACUGUAGUUUUUUUCAUGAAAGUUGAGAAGGCCUGGUUUAUGGCCUUUUGUUUCUUCAUGAGAAGGUGUGACACUGCCUAAAUGUUUCUUACUGUGAAACACACAGAACGUGAGGCUGCAGUCAGGGUUGUUUCUGGCGUUUUGAUAAUGGCUUGCAUGCUGCUUUUUGGUUGUUUGUCUGAGGAACAAAAUUAUAUCACUUCCUUCACUUGUGUUACUGUAGUAGUUGCAUCUUGUGUAUCUUGUGGGCUAUUUAUCAUGUGCAAAAUGUGUUCAUGUCAGACAAUAAAACGGUUACAGGUGCAAACAACAAAUGUACUAGUAUGUUUGAUAUUCACAUCAUUUCACACAUGAUAAAUAUACUAGUGUUCACACAGGUACCUCUCAGAUUACUUACAUAUUAAAUAAUGACCAUGUCAUUAUGUAUUUAAAUGAGUUCACUUGAAGAUUAUGUUGUCUUCAUAUCUAGAGUCUCCAUAUCUAGAGUGUUUAAAAAUAACUAAGUUUUAAUUAGUUACAUCAUUGCUGUUAAUAAAAAAAAUAAAACUAAUCUUCAGAAACAACGCAUAAUUUAAAAUAUUUUUAAUUUUUGACCAACUUUCAGAGCAAUUUUUAUUAACCAGCUUUUUAUAUUUUUACUUUCCAAUUAGUUUGUAUUAUCUUCUCUUGUAUGGGAAAAGCAGCUGAGAGCAAUGCCUCAAAUAACCAGAAAUGACCUUUUGUUUGUUGAUACAAAUUGUAUCUCUUUUUCUUGAUUGUAUAAAAAACUGUACAAAAACCAUCUCUAGAUUAACUUCAAUAUUGCAUUUUCACCACAACGUUUGUGACACUGUGUGUCACAGGGAAGUAGCCCAUGGGUAAUUAUGGAUCUUUUUAUUUAAAAUGGGCACUUGUAGUUUAUAGACAAACAAGGACAACUUUUCAAAAACCACUUUAUUACAGCGUGCACAGAUAUUGUGUGUACACUUAAAAGCAGUAUAUUAUAUAAAGUUAUCUUUAGUCUAUUUAUUAAACAGAUGCAUUAUUGCAAUGGAAUUUUAUGUAAAAAUUGGUGUUAAUGAAUCAGCUGCAUGUGUUUAUAAAUAUAGCGAUAAUAUAAUUGCUGUAGAACCUGCUUUGUCCUUCACAGGUAAAUCAUAAACAUGAUUUAGGUUUAAAAGAGGCUUUUGUGCACUCACCUUUUCCAUCUUGCAUGGAAUUAAAUAUCUGUAUGUAGAAAAGUGUUCCUUUUUUCUCUAACUAUACAAACUCUUGCAAAGGGUUUGGUAGAUGUCUUUCAGUGUGUACUUUAUUUGUAACACUGAGCAGAGGUUACUGCAUGAGGUUUGGGAUGGUUGACGGAGAUGCUCUAUUUCAUAGAAACUGUCCAGUCAUUCUUUUUCUGACUUUAUCAUCUUGACAGUAAAUUCAAUAGUCUUCAGGCCUUGACCCUUUAGAAAAGGGUGGGAGUAAUACAACAUACCUUUUCUCUAAGGCACUCCUCUCAAGCUGAGUUUUUUCCAAGAUAAGCCAAGGACAUUUAUAGUGUUUGGCAGGACAGAAAGGAUGAUGAAGCCUUGCAGAAAUGGUCUGUUGAAUUUCUACUUAAACUUUUAAAAAAGUGGCUUCAUGUCUCUUGUUCAGCCAAUUUAACCUGGAUCAUUCUGCCAUCCAUGUCUCUGUUUUAAGAUAUCUUUACAAGUCAAUUCAAAAUAGACAUUCAUUAACUUUUAGCACUUAAGCUUAGAUUUCUUCUAACAUAGAAGAGUUGAUCUUAAGAAACACAUGGUGAGCAUAAUUGUCUGUACUGUAAAUAUAAGACUUUGUAGAAAUGCUCUUUUUGAGAGCACACUAUUUAAAUAUUUUUAAAAGAUUAACAAAACAGUUCCAGAAUCUAUAUUUUAAUAAAACCCAUGAGACUAACAAGAGUCCAAGAUAAGGAACUGCAGAAAAGAGGGGAGGGGAAUGAAAGCCUCACCUACUGAUGUCAAUGGAAGUUAAGUCAUUGACUCUGGUGGGGCCAGGACUUCAGCCCAGGGCCCCCCGUUUGCUGAUCUUUAUCUUCCUCAAGUAUUUUAUGUAAUCUGUCACGGAAGAGCACAUAACCUUCAGUUGUAGGCAAGUGUUAUGAUUUGAAACAAACCAAAUGUAUUUCUGGGAUGUUAUCCUAAAUUAUUUAUGCUUCUGUAAAUAGCACAUGUUGUAUUAGUUUGUGGAUAGAGGUUGCUUGACUACUGUAAGUCCUGUUGGUCUAUUGAGCUACAGUAGUUUGCUUUAUUCAUUUGUAGAAUUAAACGUUACUGUUUAAUUGUUGUAAAAUUUUAUAAAAUCUCUUUGGGUUUUUUGGUUGACCCAAAUAUAAUGUAAGUCUCAAUGACAAAAGAGUGACAAUGGAUGUUAAACCAGUAUGUGGUGUUUUGUAAAUCACUGUAAUAAGUGUGCAAUGCUCUACCUGAUGCUGCAUGUAAUGCAUUCACUAGCAUGGGUGUAUGUGCUUAGCUUUUUGUAAAAUUGUUUAAUUUAACUGUUUUUAAAACAGAAGGUCUCUGCAAGAGGUCAGAAGAACAAACUAAAGCAAACUCAUUAAAAUCACCAAAGUUUCUCUAACGUUUUUUAAAGCCAGUUUGCCUCUGAAACUGUGAACCUUUGCCUUUUUGGAGUUCUUCAGUGAUUAAAAAUCCAAAUAGUCACAGCGUAAAAGAAACUGCCUACAGGAGCCUAUUCUUAAAAGGUUACUAAAAUGGAAUAAACAGGCAUGGAGCAGAUGGUAACACUUGUGCUGGUGUCUACCUCUUGCUGCCAUAACACUGUCAUGACAGGCUGUGACUCGCUCUUACCUUACAAUAUCUGGAUAAACAGGAGUAGAUCAGUAAAGCAUUUCUCACGGGGACCACAGUGGUUUUAGUGAGAAUCUCGUUCUCCAGGAUUCAAGUAUCCCCCCCCCCCCCCCCCGUUUUGAUAUGCCAAAAUGACUACCCGAAGCGCGAGUGCUGCAGCCUUACUGCCUGUUCUCAUUUUUCAGACCAUUACGUGUCUCACCUUUUGCGCUUGAAACUUUCACCACGUGACAACAUCUCUUGUAUAGGGCUUCUUCUUGUCAAGACUGGUGUGUGUAUGCCUGUGUUCCUACAAAGCCCCACAAUACUUCAAGCCAAAAGAACGUUAAGUGCACUAUCAGUCACUCUAUCUUGCUAAGCUCUCCCUCCUGAUUUAGUUAGCCUCAAAGGAAGUACGCUUAUAACCUGUAACUGAGCCCUGUUGUAUUGCAUUGGGUGCAAAGAUAACCCAGGGGUAGGAAAGGGGAAGCCCCAUGCUGCUGUUGAUGUACUUAAAGGCGUUAAUUGUAUUCAAAGGAACAUGUGAAAGAUUAUUAUAGGGUUUUUUUGUUUUUUUUAUAAUGACCUGUUCUCCUUUCCCCCAGUUAUGUACAACAGGUUUGCACAGGUAUUUGUAUGUUCUGGACAUCUAAUGUUAUGCUUUAAAUAUGGAUGUACUCAAUAAAGUUAUGAAGUUUCA